UUGCUGCUCGGCGGCGUGGGAGGGAUGUGUGCUGUCCCUGCUCCAGGGCUGAGGCUGUUGCGAGUGAGCUGCUCGCGAGCGUGGGAGGCUGUAUGACAGCGUGGGAGGCUGUAUGUCCUGCAGAGGUCGUUGCGCGAGCCGAAAAAUGACUGCAGCCGCAGCAACUGCAAGAAUCGAUGAUAGAUCGAUGAUAAAUGCUUAAAUGGGUCUUAUUUGCGAGUUGCGCGUGUUGGGCCUUCAGCCGUCCUAGUGUACUUAAGUACGCUAGCAAGCCGCACCGACAAGACGACAGAGUGAUCAGCAUUGGUGACAGCUGUUGAAAGAUAUGCUUCGCGUUGCCGCCUUGCUCACGGUGACGCGCCGCUACGCGAAGCCGUUCGCCGCCGGCAUCGCUGCAGCGUCGCCGAGCCGCCUCGUAUCCGGAGUAGCUGCGAUUUGCAGCGCCGGCGCUGCUGCGAACUGCGCCGACAAGCAGCCGAGCAUACCGCUCGUCCCCGACGGCACCGUCCGUUUAUUGAACGCCACCGAUGGCGCCAGCGUCGCGAAAAGCAUCGUGGCGAGCUUCGGGCCCGGAGGAGCAGACGUCGCGGUCAAGCAAUUAGAUUCGACGGUCCACGCCGCGUUCUCGCCGCGAUGCGGCGGCGGCAAGCCGUCGAAGAAGGAUGCGGCCGACGCAAAGCCCGCGGGCCUCGACGACAAGGUCGUCGCGCCCGCUCCAGCCCCGGCGCCCGCCCCGGCGACCGCCCCGGCGACCACCCCGGCGGCCGCCCCGGCGACCGCCCCGGCGACCGCCUCGGCGCCCGCCCCGGGGGUCCUCAAAAUAGAGCCGGCGGCGAAGGGCGUGAAGCAGGAGCCCGCCGCCCCGGAGGCCCCAAAAAAGGAGCCGUCGGCGGCGAAGGACGAGAAGAAGUCCUCGUGGAGCGGGCCAUCGACCUGCCCCGGCAUCCGGCCCGCGUUCGCUGAACUGGCCGGUCCAGUUGGCUUUAUAGCCGCCGCGUUGGAAUCGACCUGCGCGGCCCUCCAGACUUCUGGAGAGAUGAACGAGAAGCAAGCGGUCGAGGUGCGUGCGCCCUGCGUCCCUGAGCAAUCGCGCGCGCGCGCCAACGCGUUGUCCCCUCGCAGUUCUGCGUGAAGAACGCGCCGAGCGCGUGCGAGCGGUCGGAGUGGGCGGCGGAAUUGGCGCGCUUACUCCAUUUCGCGAGUCCGGAGAGGCGCGAGGCGCGCAAGGCGAAUGAACAGGCGGCGCGCGACGCUGCGAAGACGGACGAGGCGGCGUUCCGCGCCGCGCUCGUGUCCGUCGCGACGGAGUGCUGCGGGCUAGAGGCCGGCGCCGUCACGGCCGCGGCGUCGACCAGCGGGUCGGACGCGACGCGCCCAGGAUUGGUUCGGCUCGCGACGAAGGUCUUAAGGGCGAGACUCGCUGGUGGUCCGCUCAACGGCGUGUUCACGCCGGCUGCGCGGACCAAAUGGCGGUCGCGCACGCAUCUGGACGACGCCAAGGCGCGACCACAUGCUAGCAGAGCGGAUUACAGGAAAGGGCUGGGCGAGGCCUACGACGACCUCGCGGCCGCCCUGGCGUCCUUCUUCCCGGCCGACGUGCUGCCCAAGCCGUCGAAGAAGGCCGAGGGCUUUACCGAAUUGACGGGCCCCAAACUGUUCGCGCCCGCGACGCGCGUCCUCGACGAGAUCGUGGCGGCGGCGACGGCCGCUGCGGGGCCGACGCCGGCGCCGGCGCCGGACGCGACGCAUCCCAUGGACGUGGACAACGCGGGCGCCGACGCUGCGUCGCCCGAAGCGCUGCGCACGGAGUCGGGUGACGCCCCGGCGCCGACGCCGGCGCCGUCGCAGGGCGAGCGGCCCAUCGCCUCGCGCGACGACGCGGCCCAGCUCAAGGCGCGGCGAAGGAUGAUAGCGUCGGCGGGUGCGCACGGGGACGGUGCCGUGGCGUCGCUAGUGGAGUUGUUUGGGCCGCUCGGUCUGGGCGCGGAGCUGGCUGAAGAGCUCGUGCGCGGCCUCGACCGCGACGACGCCAAGGCCCACGAGAAGUCGAAGCCGAAGGAGGCGGUCGCCGCGCCCCGAACAGCGCGGCGGGCGCCCGUCGCACCGUAUGUCGCGCGGCGGGCGUCCGUCGCGCGGCGGCUGACGCGCGACCACGCUCGGCUGGACGCCGUCUUCGCGACGGCCGAGCCAACGCGCCGGUCGAUCCGCGCGCCGCAGCCGCGGCAGAACGUUGCGGACGUCGGUGGUCGCCCACACAAGCGGUCCAAGGUCCCGAAGCGAGUGGCCGUCGGCGCCCGCGUCGUCUGGAAGGGGUACAAGGGCGUCGUCGAGGCCGAGGUCACGCCGGGCGUGUUCAGGGUCUUGUUCGACAAGUGCGGCUUCAGGGAGACUGUCCGGGCGGAGGAGCUGUGCCUCUUGUAGACAGACCAGGAGUCAUCGCGCGGCGUCGCGGCCGUUAUUCCUCCCAUGGCGCUAAUUCACAGAACUACGUACCAUAAUGCAGCCGCCUCGUGCGCCGGUUAGAAGUCCGAGUAAUGCAG